AUGGAUGGGACAGACUACAGGACUAGCGACAUCGACGCUCAACAUAAGGCAGUCAUGCAAGAUGCUGGCAAGACACUAUCCGAAGUUCAAAUGGACUACUUCUUCACUGCUCUUCUCCCUCCGCUGCGCGAAGGCCUUGACCCUGUAGCAACGGUUGAGAAGCUCAAACGCGAGGGUCACAUUAUGGACGAUUGUUGGGUAUCCUUCAAAGGUGAUCCAGCUAAAGCUGUUGAAAAGGAGGACGAUCACUUUGAAUCACUUUCGACUCUUAACACUCCGCCAGGAUCCUCCCGAGCACCAAGCGCCAACACAAGGCUAACGAAGACCCGUCCCGAUGGAUAUCUUGUGAAGGUUGACCGACCAGAAGGAGCGAUACGUUGGAUGGAUAUAGGACUUUGCGCAGAGUAUAAAACGUAUGCCAGUAAAAAAGACCGAAAUGGUAACGUGUGCAAGGUAGUUUGGAGUAUGCGCCAGUGUAUGCGCGAGGAUGCCCGACGUCGAUUCGUAUAUGGUCUGACCAUUGAAAAUGCGACUAUGCGACUAUGGUAUGCUAGUCGAGCAGAGCUGCUGGUCAGCGAAAGGAUUCAUUGGCAGAAGGAUCAUAAGACUGUUGUGAAUAUCUUCCAGGCGUUGAUGUAUGCCGAGGAGCACACAGUCGGCUGGGAUCCUACCAUCAUAUACGUCAUCCAAAAGGACAAGGGCAGGAGAGGCAUGAAGAGCAAGAAGAGUGUGGCGGACGAGAUCGAGCUUGCAGAGGAUAAAUCGCCGCGUGUGGAUAUCUUGGUGCGGGAUAAAGUGUCACAGUUUCCCUAA